CCUCAUCUCUCGGAUUCCGCGUCGCUUCUAUGCAUUCUUCUCAUUGAAUUUUCGUUGGAAAUCAUAUUGGACCCCAUUCCCCAAUUUCUCUCGCCUGCACUCCACUUUCCUCUUCCUCCUCACCCACCAUGGAACGACAAGGCUCCGGCGCUGAAAUUACGCCUUCUCCAUGCAUGGAUUACUGGAGAUACAUUGUGCCAGGAUGGAUUUUCCGAGUUUGCGAUACUGUGGACGAAUGAAUUGGGACUUGCAUCGCGCCAUGCAUUGUACGGCCGCAGCAACUACUCCACUGUGCUUAGGAGAAGAGAUGUCUUCUCUGGAGCCUGCGUCGGAGGAGAGUGUUGGAGAAAGGCGGCAGUGGCAGGGAAGGUGGAGGCCGAUGCAGAGGAAGAGGAUGCCGGCGACGUUGACACAUUGGCAAUGAUGGCGACAUUCGAUUGGAAAAAGUCCUGUCCGCAACUGACUUCAUUUGAUUGUCCACCCAGAAAUCGGCACGCUGAAAGAGUCAACGAGAUUGACUCGCUGGAUGAAAGCGAGAUAUGCAGAGGAACAAUGGCCGGAGAGGAGGGGCCUUACCUAAGAGGAAGAGGCGGACUCACCAGGGCUGGCGAAGACGCCGGUACCAUGUUCUGUCUUCAUGGCUGAAGUAAGUCCUUAUUCUCGGUUGACAGUUCCCAUGGUGGUGUUACUGGUGUAUAAAGUUUGAACUUGGACCUGAAAUUACUCACAAAAGUGCUUUAGCCUCUACUGUGAAUUUAUGUCAGUUCUUUAUCCUCAAUUUCUUGCUAUGAUGUUGAGCGGUGGGAUGCUGCUUUAUUCGCUUUGAUGGGAGAGGAACACGGUUAAGGAGUUGGUGCAGAGGCUUAAUCUUAUAUUCAAAGAGGUCACUCCAAUUUCAUCAUUGUGUGUUACUCCAGAUCGUGGCGACAACAUACAUGACUAGCAGUACCGACAACACCUGCUGGUGUUCUGCUUGCUUUACAUUCUUUUUAUUUUUGGCAAGAAACAUGUUGGUUUUGAUCAAGCUUCUUUCUGAGGAGCAAUUGGGGUUUGCAUUUGCAUUAAAAGAGUCCAAGAGGAUACUUAUGAAAUAAAGUCCAGACCAUAAGAACAAACCAAAGACAGAAGUGAGAGAAAAGAAAUCCAUGGCAGAAUUUGCAGAGCUCAGACAUGAGGUUGUAAAGCAGGAAGAAGCUUUUGAAUGUCUUAGUCUUCGUAUUUAUUAAAUUACUACACUUUCGUUGGGUAUAGUUGAUGAUUGCUUCUUUUUAAUAAAGAUUGCUAAAUUUUUAGAAAGCUAGCAUAGGCAUGUAUUUAUUUUUUGUAUGAAGUAAUGAGUUUCAUCUGUCAUCUCUAAAAAAGUAUUUUCUUGGGUAGUUAGACUAAUGUUUUGUAUAUAAUCAUUGUGUUUGUCAUAG